AUGUCGCUGGGCUUGAAUAUAUCUUCGCCUCCUUUAGGAGACGAAGAGCUCUCUUUAAAGACUCCUACCUCUUUGCGACAAUCCCUAACGGCCUCGUGGUCGAGCAAAAAGAAUAAUAAAUUUGAGGAGCUGGAGAAAGAAGAUAAUAGCAACGUAAACGUAACAAAAGAGUCGAAUAUUAUUAUGGGUGGGGGCGCUUUUACUACCCCCUCUCAACAAGCUUCAAAAAGUAUCAACAACAGUAGUCGCCAAUCGAAUCUCUUGAAAACUUCAAAUAGUGAAAAUUCAGCCAACGAGUUCUGGGAGGAAACUAUUCAGCAGGGUAUUAUUAGUUCUAUUACAACUACUAUUUCUGGCUUGACUGACGAAAACUCGCCCUUUAUAGUAGGACAAGCUGAAUCUAUCGAAAUACUGAAUCGAGAUCAAACAAAAUUCUUGCGACAAAUUAAGGAAGCAGAAGAGAAGCAGGGAAAAAUACCUAAUGAUAAUAAGAAUCAUACACUGACUACAAAUACAAAUACUAAUACCAUUAACAACAGAGAUGUUGGUGAAUCUCCACGGAAACACGCAUUAGGUCUAAACACCGGGACCUCAAUUUUUGAAUUCUCUCCGCAACUAACACCAAGCACAAGCAAUGAUCUACCGUACAAUAUCCCAUAUCUUUUCGAAUCUUCAACAAAGGAAUAUUACGAUAACGCUACGUAUACAGCAAUGUCUAGUCUACGACAACGAGUUAUAUCGCCAAAUGUGCUCAGAAGAAAACGAGAAAAAGAAGUAAAAUAUGGUGCUCGGUCCAAUAUGCGAAUGGUUCGUAACAAACGAAGUGAUAUUAGUGGCAUUGUUUCGGCAAUUGAUACUGAAUCGGAGGAUAUUGAUGAGCUGGACCAGGGCCAAGAAAUGCAAUUACAGGGAAUGCAAUUACAGAGCUCGCCAAAAGGUCAUGAGGUGAUGAUUGAGCAGACUGUCAAUAAUAAUGAUAAUAAUGUUCCGAUAAUUGUGUCGUCACGACAAAGUCCUGAUUUUACGAAUAGGAUAUCAUCGAUCCUGUGUCUAGUGCCCCAGUUAAUAACAGUAGCAUUUAUCAUUUGGUUUAUUUAUCAAUUCGCUUCUGAUGUGAAUGUAAUUAUUAAUGAAAACCUUCAAGAUCGUGUUCGAGAGACAAGAGAGUGUUCCAAGAAAUACUACCAGAAUAGAGCUGAAGUGUCAGCCGUGGUCAUCGGAAAAGUACUUGAUCGACUAAUCGAGCAAUUAUCAUAUAAGACAAUGAUCUUCCUGGGAGCUGGGUUCACCAUAUUCAUAGCAAUCCUCAUAUACUUCCGAUCACGGAAUCAUCAUCAAUCACAACCACAAACAGUAGUCGUCCCACCACUAACACCUCAUCAUCUAUACUCAAUGGCUGGAACGCCAUUACCCAUAACACCAAUGAAUUCAUCACAAACACCAGCAGCAACUGACUUGCAGUGCAUAAUGUCAUCAUCACCGGUUGGUCAAUUACAGCACUAUAGUAGCUCAAAUGCUGCGAUGUUUAAUACACCUUUCAUAACUGCAGAGAAACCCGCAUCAUACGAUGACUUCCUUGAUAUGUCUGCUUUACCCAAUUUCAACUCGAAUUGGGUAUAUUUUAAAGGUGUUUGGUUUUUUCAUAUAAUCCUCAUUUUGUCGAUUAAAAUCAUUUUCAGUAUAAUUCCGGGGGUUUCCUCGGAAACUAGCUGGACGUUGACAAACUUGUCCUACGAUAUAGCUAGUUUUGUCAUGUUCCAUUGGGUAAAAGGAGUCCCAUUCGAUUUCAAUUCAGGAGCGUACGAUCGUCUAACCUUAUGGGAACAAAUUGAUCACGGUGUUCAAUUCACUCCUGCAAAGAAAUAUUUGACCGUCGUUCCGAUCGGACUGUAA